UAUCUAUAAAGUGCAUUCACUUUCGUUUACUCUGCAUUGUUGUAAACGUUUACUUUUUUAUUAAUCAUCCGAUCUGAAGGUGUAUAGCUUAAGAAGAAAGUCAAAUAUUAUGAUAAAACAAACUUUGACAUUAACACAUGUUGGAUAAUUUGUUUAUGGAACGGUGCCCAUUUAUAUUACAAAUAGUACAAAAAUUGUUAACGAAAAAAAAAGUAACAAGUUUUCGGACGAUAAAUAAAUAACUAAAAAUGACCCGGAAUAAUAGAAAACGUGGACGUGUCGAGGAAGAAUCGGCUGAUUUUGUGCCGCUGAGUAAAAGAAUAAAUAACCUUCAUAUCAACAGCCUGUCAGGCCUACAAAAAGGUGCACCAGAAAGUAUGGAAUCUGAAUGGGGAAACUCGAAUAUUUAUUGUUCUCCAAAUUAUUCAGAACCAUCGCAAAACAACUCGCCCAUGCAUGAUACUUGUGGAUCUAGUUCAAGUAGUUACACCAACGAAUAUAGGCCUGAUCUCAGCGUAACAGAGAACCCCUUCUAUUACGAAACCAAUAAAUUAUUAUUUUCAUUGCACAUGGAACGUAUACAAAGAUCUGAAGCAUAUUAAUAAUAAUUGUAGGUAUAUA